AAAAUGAAUGCUCUUGAAAAGAUUCCUUCCCAAGCACUUGUGAUCCUAGCGAUAUUUACGGCUCAUGGACGAGCUACGGAGACAUUAGAGUUGUUCCAUAACAAGGCAAUAAUUGACGGAUCUGUGGGAUACAAGCAGACGGUGGAGCGACGCUGUGAGUGCCGUGAAGCGUGCUGGCAGGACGCUAACUGCACCGGAGUGUCCAUCGCAGCGCACGCUUCACCACGCCUCCACGUAUGCAGCUUCUCUCAACAGCCUUUGGACAACACCACAGCAACACUCACCUCUAACACCGCGGCAAACACCUUCAUCAAAAAAAAAAAGCCAGUGUGCCCCGCCAACUACACUGACGUGCCGAAGGUUGGAUGUCUGUUCAUCUCCACACAGAGCUUGACCUACGCCGCUGCCAAGACCGCUUGUCCCGCUGGCUCCGCUGGUCUCUUCGCCGCCCACACGGUAGAUCAGUUCUCAGAACUUUCGCUCUACAUGAACAAGAAUAAGGAAACCAUGAAAACUGAUUACUGGAUUGGAAUCGAGAGGGAUCCUGGCACUGAUAUCUGGCGUUGGCGCCAUGGAAGUUACAUCGGCAUCACCCAGCCUUCCUACUUCUGGGGUCUCGGCGAUCCGAAUGACGGCACAAACUGCGCUCGUCUUGCUUAUUAUCCCUUAAGGGAAAUCUACUACAUGUUAGCGGACGUCAAAUGUACGACUUUGUACAAUUUCAUUUGCGAGCUCUAAAAUAUUGACAAAUUAAGUGCUGCUGAAAAUGUAACCAUAAGAACUAUUGAUUUUUUUCCUCAGUCUGUUCUGAACAAAAUUGCACCUACGUUCUAUAUUCAUUGGACCAAUGCAUCAAUUUCAAACCCAAAACAACCGAUAUUACAAUUUUGAACAUUCCAAUCAAAUUUUUUACCAAAUUUCGAUUCAACCAUACGUAAACCUGAAAUUUGAGUCUCAUUUUCAAAGUCUAGAAACUUGUUUGACAGACAAAAAACCCACAUGCUCU